UGUCAAAAGAGUUAUGCAUCUUGUAGAUCGUGGUUGUUUUCUUCAAACGAACCCAUACGAACUUGGUUCACGAUCAAUCGACUUUGGUGGAACUGUCCUUGCGCCCCAAGUACAAGCAUGUAUUCUGAGAUUACUGAGUUCCCGCUUACGGAUUGGUGCUAAUGCUUUAGUUGUUGAUCCAGGCAGUGGAUACCUCACAGCGUGUGUUUCGAUAAUGACUGGUAGUUCUGGUGUUACUGUAUCAACCCUGCCUAAUGAGGAUUUAACUAAACUGGCUUCAAAAAAUGUGGAAAAUUGGUUACAGCAUGACAGCAGAGGUCGCAAUUUUGGUUUAGAACUGGGGAAACAAAUUGAAUUUCCAUCCGGUGACAUUAAAAGUGCUUGGUCAAAAAGGGCUCCGUAUAAUGGUAUCUUUGUUUAUACAAAGGAUAAAAGUGUCGUGGCAAAAUUGAUAAAUAUGCUGAAACCCGGUGGCCGUCUAGUUGUUUUGGAAGGACGUGAUGGGGGGAAACAAGUUUUGUAUCUAGUCGAUUGUUUAUGGUUUGGUGUAUGCCAACAAUCCUAUGCAAUGAUCUUUGGAGAUACUUCAUCUCCGGAUAAGCAACAACCAAAGGAACCUGCCUUGCCGGUAAAGCCUGAGGAGGGAACUGCUGGUGUACCUACAAAAGAAAAUGUUGUUGAGUCUUCACAAGAAUCUAUUGAUGCACCUUCAGAAGCAGCUGCUGAUGCGUAUAGAGAAAAAAGUAUUGGUGAAAAUUAUACCGAGGAAGACUUUUUUGAAUAUGGGUGAGAUUUUUGUCUAUAUAUAUCAUAAUCGUCUUUAAUUUGGAACAGUUUAAUAGAGACUGACUGCUGUU